AUGGCUGGUACUUUGAGAAGCCAACUGAAUAUGCAAAAAUUGUUGUUAUGUGAUGAGAACUUUUUUAAAGUGCAUUAUUCUGCACAUAUAUUGAAUUUGAUUGUUCAAGAUGGAGUAAAAUUUGCAAAUGAUGCCUUGUCUUGGAUUAGAAAGAGUGUUAAAUAUAUAAAAGACUCAGAAUCGAGAAUGAUCAAAUUUAAGGAGUGCAUUGAACAAGUUGGUUGUGAGAACACUACAACUACUUUGAUAGCGGAUGUACCUACUAGAUGGAAUUCCACUUAUGAAAUGCUUGAUCGUGCUCUCAAAUUCAGGCGUGAGUUAGCAAUUCUUCAAUUGAGUGAUAAAAAUUACAUGUAUUGUCCUUCAGAAGAAGAAUGGAAUAAGUUGGAAAUUCUUUUUUGGAAAAUUCAACGUGUUCUCAUUCGUAUGAGUAAUGAUGAAGAUGUGUUUGUAAGUAGCCUGGCUAAUAAGAUGAUGAGGAAGUUUCAAAAAUAUUGUGAAGAGUAUAGUGAUGUGCUUUCACUAGAAGCUGUUCUUGAUCCUCGCAUUAAGUUUACUACGUUGUCUUUUUGUCAUAAAAAGAUUGAUGCUUAUACACAUGAUCAAAAGAUGGAAAAUGUAAAGGAAAACAUGUAA